AUGACCUCCAACAGACCGGAUACCUGCUGUUACAAAGGUUUCAAGCAUGAAGGCGAAGCAACGGGACAAAUGGAACAAUGGGGCGAUUUUGAGGUCUACGUGAAAUACCCCGAGAACAAGUCGACGGAGAGAGCAAUUCUCUUCUUGACCGAUGUAAUCGGCCACCGCUCCAUCAACUCUCAGCUCUUGGCCGACCAAUUCGCGGCCAACGGAUAUUUUGUCGUGAUGCCUGACCUCUUCUACGGCGAUGCAAUCGAGUUGAACCAACUCGGCGAGCUCGAUAUUCCCAAGUGGUUCGGAGGUGGAUACAGUGCCCGAGGCAUCGGACACGACGCGUCCACCGUCGACCCGAUUGUCGAGACAUGCUUGUCUCAGAUGCGGCUCAAGCACCACUGCAAAAAAAUCGGCGCUGUGGGCUACUGUUUCGGGGCGAAAUACGUCGUCCGCUUCCUGCGGCCAGACCAAGCGAAGAUCGACGUCGGUUACGGCGCACACCCAAGCCAGAUCGCAAGGGACGAGCUGCAAGCUAUCAAAGGACCCUUCGCCAUCGCCGCGGCGGCCCACGAUCACGUCUUCCCGCCCGAGAAGCGCCAUGAAAGUGAGCAGAUUUUGGAAUCCUCAGGCCUGCCCUACCAGAUAAACUUGUACGGCGGGGUUGCACACGGAUUCGCGGUGCGUGGAGAUCUCAAGGACCGCGUGCAGUUGUACGCAAAGGAAGCAUCUUUCUUACAGGCUUUGCAAUGGUUUGAGGAGUAUCUAGAGAAGUGA